AUGUCAGAAGAUUCAGAAAAAGAAGACUAUUCAGAUGGAACAAUCAGUGAUGAAGAUGAGUCAGAUGAGGAUACCUUCAUGAAAUUUGUAAGCGAAGAUAUCCACUCGUGUGCACUUUUAACAGGUGACUCUAUUAGUGACCCAUUUAUCCCCCGAACUACCCAGAUACUGUUGGAAUAUCAACUAGGGAGAUGGGUGCCACGUCUUCGUGAACCACGAGAUUUAUAUGGUGUUUCUUCUUCUGGUCCACUGAGCCCAACACGGUGGCCAUACCACUGUGAAGUCAUUGAUGAAAAGGUCCAGCAUAUUGAUUGGGCUCCUUCUUAUCCUGAGCCAGUGUACACCCCAACAGGCCUAGAGAUGGAACCCCUUUAUCCAAAUUCCAAGGAAGAUACUGUGGUUUAUCUAGCUGAAGAUGCUUACAAGGAACCCUGUUUCGUGUAUUCCCGAGUAGGGGGCAAUCGAACACCCCUGAAGCAACCUGUGGAUAACUAUGACAAUACUUUGACGUUUGAAGCAAGGUUUGAGAGUGGAAAUCUACAGAAGGUAGUCAAAGUGGCUGAAUAUGAAUACCAGUUGACUGUGCGCCCUGACCUCUUCACAAAUAAACAUACCCAGUGGUACUAUUUCCAAGUCACUAAUACCCAAGCAGGAAUAGUCUACAGAUUCACUAUAAUCAAUUUCACUAAGCCUGCUAGCCUUUACAAUCGGGGCAUGCGCCCACUGUUUUAUUCUGAAAAAGAUGCCAAGACUCAUAAUAUUGGCUGGCAGAGAAUAGGAGAUCAAAUCAAGUAUUAUAGGAACAACCAGGGACAAGAUGGGCGCCAUUAUUUCUCUCUUACAUGGACAUUUCAGUUUCCACACAACAAAGAUACCUGCUACUUUGCUCACUGCUAUCCGUAUACUUAUACCAACUUGCAAGAAUAUCUUUCCAGUAUCAGUCAUGACUCAGCACAGUCAAAGUUUUGUAAAAUACGUGUCUUGUGCCACACAAUUGCUAGGAACAUGGUGUACGUCUUAACAAUCACUACUCCCUUGAAGAACACUGACUCAAGAAAGCGAAAGGCUGUGAUUUUGACUGCCAGGGUACAUCCAGGAGAAACCAACAGCUCUUGGAUCAUGAAAGGCUUCCUAGAUUAUAUUUUAGGAGACUCAAGCGAUGCGCAGUUGCUUCGGGACACUUUCAUCUUCAAGGUGGUACCCAUGCUGAAUCCAGAUGGUGUGAUUGUGGGAAAUUAUCGUUGUUCCUUAGCUGGACGAGAUUUAAAUCGUAAUUAUACAUCUCUCCUAAAGGAAUCAUUUCCUUCUGUUUGGUAUACCCGGAACAUGAUCCGUAGAUUGAUGGAGAAACGAGAGGUUAUUUUAUAUUGUGACCUUCAUGGCCAUAGUAGAAAAAAGAACAUCUUUAUGUACAGCUGUGAAGGUAGUGAUAGAUGUAAAGCAUUAUACUUACAGCAGCGAAUCUUUCCACUUAUGCUAAGCAAAAAUUGUCCAGAUAAAUUUUCGUUCUCAGCUUGCAAGUUUAAUGUCCAGAAGAGCAAAGAGGGAACAGGCAGGGUAGUAAUGUGGAAAAUGGGAAUCAAAAACAGCUUUACCAUGGAGGCUACUUUUUGUGGAUCUACCCUGGGUAAUAAACGGGGCACUCAUUUCAACACAAAAGACUUGGAGUCAAUGGGAUAUCAUUUUUGUGAUUCUCUCUUGGACUAUUGUGAUCCAGACCGAACCAAGUAUUAUCAGUGCCUGAAAGAAUUAGAAGAAAUGGAAAAACACAUAAACUUGGAAAAAAUCCUUGAGGAUUCAGAUACUUCUCUAAAAGAAAUUACAUUGGAUAUAGAGUCUAGUAGCCGAGGCUCUGACAGUUCAGAAUCCAAUGAGUCUCAGAAUUAUCUUCUCAAAUUAACUUCUCAGAUAAAAAACAAGAAAAAGCACCUGAAAACAAAGAAGGAAAGAAAUUCUACUGUAGCAAGUCCUCAAAACAACAGAGAAGAGCAAGAGACAUGUGAUAAAGGACACUCAGUGCAAAGACACAGAGAACCAAAUUCUGAUGUGAAAGAUAUAAAGCCAAAUAGAUCAGAUGAUUAUAUAUUUGACUAUUUCAGAAGACCAUUCCCUAAUCAAGGUUUGGUGAAAAUACCUGGACGAGCUCCUGCUUGGCUUCUAAAAAGAUAUUUGAGCUCCCAAAAUAUGAUUCAGAGGCUCAGCAAAAACCAACACAGACAGUUGGAAACCAGUGAGAAGCCAAUCCAUGAAAUAAUUAAGCCCAAGAGCACAAACUUGUAUGGAAGCUGUUUCAAAGUGACAUCCUUCAAGUGUCCUAUAAGCACACUAACUCCCAGCUGGACUGAGAAGACACAGAUACCAACAGAAGAUCUGCGUCACAACUUUAAAAGCAAAAUGAAAGAAAGUACUCUCUUCCAGAGCAAGAAGACUGGCAUAAAUUGGACAGAUGAUGAAAAAAGAAUCUACAGGGAUAAAAGAAUAGCUCAAACUCAAGAAAUAUUGCAGUAUUUGCUCCCUAGCAUGGAAAGCACUAAAAAUGUGCAAACCCCUCAGAUAAAACAAAUACUCAAUCCAAGAACUAACUUCCAAAUUCAACAUCAAUUAAAGCCAGCUACUUACAUAAAUAUAAGGAGAUACAGCACAUCCUGGAUAGCACCCAGAAAUCACCCUUUUAUAAACCAAAGAAAUCUAAUGGUAAGCUCUCCGGAGUGGUUCCAGUCUAUGUCCCAGAAGUCAUUUGAAAGCCUUUCACCGCUCAAAGCACCCAAGAAGAAGAGAAAACAUUCUCAAAUCAAGGCCACAAAGACUAAAGACAUGAAACCUCUCAGCUUCAAACAGGAGACUACUCCCUCAAAUUUUAAAAAGGAUGUGGAUAUUAUCAAAGAAAAGAGUCUUCAAGCUGAAGAAUCCAAUAAGCAAAACUCUAUGCAAAUAGCUCCACAUCCAACUGAAAAUAGGGAUGAACAACCAAAUAAGAAUCAUGGACAAUGCACCUUCUAUUUGAAGUUCCAAACGGACAAAUAAUUUAACUUUAUGCUGCUCUGAAAACUGCGGAUGAAAAAUACCAUAUGCUUACAUAGUAAAAAGAAGAGGAAAAGAAAAAAAGAAACGCCUUCCCCAUCCCUCUAUUUCUCCCCUUACACAUACAUAUGCAUAUACUAAACUACAAAUUCUAGAUAACCCAUCUUCUUUAGUGGCAACAUCUUUCAGAGAUUUAAAAAGAAAUCCAGAGAAAAUACAGAAAAUUUCAAAUCACUUAUUUAUAUUUAAUUUUUGUCAAGAUGGAAAAAAAUCUAUGAACUUUUGAAUUCUCUCAAAACAACUUGUACAUAGAACACCAAACAACUAAGAACUCAAGGACGGAAUGAUAUGUAUUAUCAAUUACUUUAACAUCCCUGGUAGGAACUUAAUGAAUCAGUCAACAAACAUCUUUUCUUGAAUUUGUUUUAUCUUUAGUGUGCUAGAAACUAUCAAUGAUAUAAAAGACAUUUGACAUUUCUCCCCACUAGAAGACUACUGUUUAAUUGUAUAUAAAACACACAAGACUAAAAUAAUUACAGAAUAAGAUGAUGCAUAAAGUGCUAAGUUGUACACCUUCAACAGUUAAAAUGCUAUAUACUGUUCAUUGCACAGAACAAAAGUGUCACAAAAUAGCACUGAAAUGCAUAAUUAUGGUUUACAAGGGUCAUUUUACUUUUCAAAAUGUAGCAACAAUGUAAAAGAUUAGAUGUGCAGUUUGCUUUCGAGCUGUUGAAUGUACAUCUGCAGCCAUUUAUUCAUGCGAAAGCAAAUGGAGCAUCUCACGGUCUGUCAUUCAUAAUGAAUUCCAGAAUCCAUUAUGAAUGGAAUUCCAGAAUUCCACCAUUAUGGAAUUCCUCAAAGACACUGCAGAGAAAUUGGUAUGUCAGUCAAACAAAUCAAGAUGGAUGUGAUAAGUGAGAAAAUGAGUCACAGGUCAACAGUGGUGUCCAUUAUAGGAUAAGGCUAAGCAGAGAGAGAAUCAGGUAGAGGAGGAGGCACAUGAAAGUAAGUUACAGGCUACAAGUCUAAUUAGGCCAUGGUAGCAGGAUGGAACUGGGAAAAUCUAAGGUUGGGUAGUCUACUCUCAAUAAUUCCAAUUGAAGCCCCAAAGAGGAUUCAAGGAGAGCUCACUGGGGUGGUAUUAAAAAAGUAACUGCCAUGUUUUUGGUUUUGUUUUAUUUUGGGUUUUAAUAAAGUUUAGUUUUUAGAGAAGGUUCACAGCAAGACUGAGUAGGAAGUAUAGAGAUUUCCCAUAAACUCCUUGACACUCACAUAUACAUAGCCUCCCCGUUAUCACCAUGGCCCACCAUUUGUUACAACUAAUGAACUUACACUGAUACAUCCUUACCAUCCAAAGCCCGUAGUUUAUAGUAGAGUUUACUCUUAAUGUACAUUCUGUGGGUUUGGACAAAUGUCUAAUGAAAUAUAUCCAUCAUUAAAGUAUCAUACAGAGUAGUUUUAUUUAUAUUCACUGCCCUAAAUAUUCUGCAUAUACAUCUUUCUCUCCCCACUAAGCCCUGGCAACUCACUUUGUUACUGUCUCUACAGUUUAACCUUCUCCAAAAUAUCACAUAGUUGGAAUCACAAUAUGUGUAGCCUUUUCAGAUUGGCGUAUUUCACUAGUAAUAUGCAUGUAAAUUCCAUCAUAUCUUUUCAUGGCUUAAUAGUUCAUUUGUUUAUAAUGUUGAAUAAUUAUAAUCUAUAAUGUCAUUGUCAAUAAAAUGUAAAACUUCUGGCAGUGUUAACUAAGGAAA